AUGGGGAAUUCAUCUACUAUGGGACGCGCAUGGAAAGAUUUGAGCCCCACAAUCUACGACAGGGAUGGGGAUGGGAAGAUCUUCCACAUCCCCGUGCCCCGCUAUACUCUAAUCACGACGCUGCUGGAGGCUCCUCCUAGCACACGUAGGAGGUCACUUCGCAUCGCCGCAACCACCACCACCGAGAAGGACAAGGGGAAGGAGAAGGAAGAAGAGAAACUCAUACCUGAGCCUGAGCCGCUGCCGCCGCCCAUUGGGAGUGUAGUCUCGCUGAAGGGGCUAGGAUGUGAGCCGGCGGUGGGGUUGCUGAGACCUAACCACCAACGGGAGUAUAAGUUCUCUAGGAAGCUCACUGAGGGGAAUUGCCCGCUCUACGCCAUCGGCUUCAACUUCAUCCACCCUCACCACAAAGACGUCUUCGCCACAGUCGGUGAUAACCGCGUGACAAUAUACAAUGGCCUUCAGGACGGCAACUUGGCUCCUCUGCAAGCAUACAUUGAUGAAGAUAAGGAUGAGAAAUUCUUCACUCUGAGCUGGGCUUCUAACCUUGACGGGUCACCGCUACUAGUGGCGGCAGGAAAGAAUGGGAUCAUUCGAGUCAUUAACUGUGCUACAAAGAAGUUAUCCAAGAAUUUGGUUGGCCAUGGUGGUUCAAUAUAUGACCUAAGAACUCAGCCACAAAAGCCUUCAUUCAUCAUUUCUGCAAGCAAGGACGAAUCUGUUAGGCUAUGGAAUGUCCACACAGGGAUCUGCAUUUUGAUUUUUGCUGGAACAGCAGGUCACCGGGAUGCAAUAUUAAGUGUGGACUUCUACACUUUUGAUAUCUACCGCAUUGCCAGUUGUGGCAUGGAUAGCACUGUUAAAAUCUGGUCAAUCGAAGAAUUUCGGCCAUAUGUUGAGCAAUCCUUUACAUGGAGUGACCUUCCAUCAAAAUUUCCUACAAAAUAUGUCAAGUUGCCGCUCAUGAGUGCUGUGGUGCAUUCUAACUAUGUAGACUGUACUAGGUGGCUAGGUGACUUCAUCCUGUCAAAGAGUGUUGACGAUGAAAUUGUGUUGUGGAAGCCGGAAAUAAACGACAAAAAUCCUGCCGAGAAUAGCAUUGAUGUCCUUCAGAAGUACCCUGUGCCAUACUGUGACGUUUGGUUUAUCAAAUUCUCGUGUGAUUUUCACUUCAAUCAUUUAGCAAUAGGCAACCGUAAAGGAGAAAUCUAUGUCUGGGAUGUCCAGGCAAGCCCACCCGUUCUAGUUACUCGGCUGAUUAAUCCUGAAUGCAAAAAUAUAAUAAGGCAUACUGCAAUGUCGCUUGAUGGAAGCAUGAUCCUCGGCUGCUCCGAAGACGGCAGCAUAUACCGCUGGGACGAAGUAAAAUGCUGA